AUGCGGACGAAGUCAUACGACGAGUCGAGUGCCCAACAUUCCAAGCAAACCGAAGAACAAGCAAACUCGGUCACUCUCGUUCUCAUCUCUCACACAUUUGGUUCACGCCUACUCGCCUUUUGGUUGCUUGCGUCUGCUCGCCUACGGAUUGGUUGUAUUACGUCGGAUAAUGUAGCAAAUUUCGGAGAAGAUUUCACACGCACAUUUAAUGCGGUGCUUUGGAUAUCCGAUGAUGGUGUUCCAGAUUUAGGAGGUAAUUGUGAAAAAUCUACAUGUUUUGAUGAUGAGUCUGUAGAUGCUCUUCCGAAAAGUAACCAAGUAAAUGAAAUGGAAGGAGGUGCUUUGUUAGGAUUUAAUCGGGAUAUGAAUUACAAUGCAAAUCUAUAUAAUGAUCGAGUGGCUUCGAUGAGCCCUCAAUCAAAGCUUCAUGAUCCAGACUCUUCACCGUAUACUCCAUAA